CCACUUAAUUAGCGUUACUUGAAAUGGCUUGUGAAGGUUGGCAAAGUCAAUUAGGCAGUUCCCCUGUUUGAAUCUCUCCUCCAUCUCCACCUGUCUACCAACUGUAUUGGUGGACUAAAAUGUCCAGCAUAGAAGUCAUCGUGGCAAGGUUUGACUUGUUUAGCAAGAUGUACAGUGGUGAUUUGCGUGAGCUAAGUUUUGAAAACUGGCCCUUUCGAGAAGACUGUAAAUGCACACCUGAAAAGAUGGCCAAUGCUGGAUUUGUGCACUGUCCCUCUGAGAAUGAGCCUGAUGUUGUAUGCUGUUUCUUCUGUCUCAUUGAACUGGAGGGCUGGGAACCCGAUGAUGAUCCAUGGCAUGAACACAUAAACCGCUCACCUACUUGUGAAUUCCUUCACCUGAAGAAAGACUUUUCUGAGCUGACAGUGGCUGAGUUUUUCCACAUAGAGAGGGAGAGGUUGAAGAUCUUCGUUAGGAAAGUUUGUCAUGAGAAGAUGGCACAUCUGCGGGUCAAGAUAGAUGAGACCCUUAAUAGCUUUCGAUCACAAGUAGAGUCUGUAUGAGUUGGUUCUGUAUAAAUUAUUUUUUUAUAUCUGCAUUUCAUGGAAAAUAAAAUUUGUUUGAAAUGUAAA